GAUAUUCCCCUUCUCUGGCACGUAGGACCACCCUGUUCUCUCCCGCAGCUGCCCAGAGGGCGUUUUCAGCCCCCAGUGAAAUGAUGGAGCUCAGGGGUCAAACGGAAUUGAUUUAGUCACAGUCGUACUCGAUCAGCAUGCAGAUCUUUGGCUCUCCGCAGGCUUGGCGGCUGCAGGGCCUUGGCAGGCCCGGUUCUCUGCCACCCGGUUCUCUUGUGCCCUUCUUUACACCCGUGGAAAGUGGGCAUAAAGCGCCACCAGCUCAGAAGGGUGGUGAGACCAUUGCGCUGCGGUAAAUGAAUUCACAGCGAUGGCAGCCCCGGAUCUUUGGCCUUUGUCCUCCGUUAAUCCCAGGAUCCUGCUGGAUUCUCAGUUCUUCCUACAAAGUCCUGAGGCCCAGGUCCCAUGGGAGAUCAGGGGCGAGACCCCUUUCAGGAUCUGGGCCUCAGAGUCUUUAGCUCCCUUUGACGUCAACGUGAGUUGAAAGUUCUCAGCACCGCCCAGGAUCGGGCCCUGGGUUCCAUCAUUCUUGGUGUUUCCCUGUGGAACCUCGUUAGGGUUGAUUGAGACAUAGACAUAGUUAAACCAGUGCACAGGCCAGCCCUUAGCUUAGGAGACAAUGUCCUAUCUGUAGCACAGGACUUAGCAGGAAUGCCCCCAGCUCAAGGGGGGUUUGAAUCUAGGGAGGUGACGAUUUAAUUGUCCUGAUGUAAGAUUCCUUAACGAGCCAGGACUCAAUACUUGGCUAUAAGCAAGCUCUCGACCGCCUGGCAGAAGGGCCAUGUUGCGGAUCCAGCCGUGAGAGAAGCAAUUAUGAUUUUUUGUGUGCACUGACCAGUGCCCUGCAUGCUCCAUCGUGUACCAAUGGAUAAUCAGUUAAUUAAUAACAGUGCUAAGCUCCUGCAUGCACAGACCCUAGAGGGUGUGCCAUGAUGCAGUUUUGCUCCUCCCCACCUCCCAGCAUCUGCCUCUGCUACCAGGAUCAGCACAGAGACGCACAGAGAGCAGGGAAGACAUGGAGGUGGCCAGCAAAAAACCCUCUCUCCCUUUCUUGCUAGUGAUGCUGAUCAGCGUCUCUCCAGAUAUCCUGGUCGCCCAAGCACCGACACCCCCCCGCCAGGUAAAUGGGACUCUGGGAAGAUCAGUCGUGCUGUCAGUGGAUCUAUCCCCCGGGAGAAAGGUGAAAGAGAUCGAAUGGAGCUUUCGUGCUGGGUCAGGUGUGACGAUUCAGCUGGCUGAGUUCAGUGGGGGGAAGUUUGAGCGACCCGAUCCCAACGACAGAUUUAAGCAGAGGCUAGAAAGGUACAACGAGACCUCGCUGAGGAUCAAGGCUCUGGAGCUGGGCGAUAGCGGAGUUUAUGAGGCCCGGAUUAAGAUAGUACCAGCAACUGUGGAGGAACUGGCCUUUCGCCUCGUGGUCUAUGAGCCAGUGCCACAGCCCCGGAUCCGGAGUCAUCUGCUCACCAGCACGCUGGAGGGGUGCAACGUCACGCUGCACUGCCAGGGCUCGGGGAAGGGAAACGUGAGCAUCUCCUGGGGCAGAGGGAACCCGGUCCAAGAGCUGGAUCCCGGUCGGCACCAGCUCUCCCCUGAUGGCAGCAUACUGCAGCUGUCUCUGCAGCCCAGCUCCCUGAAUGCCACCUACACCUGCACGGUCAGCAACCCUGUGGAUCAGAAGAUCAUUGCCUUCGACCUGCAGAGCAUCUGCCGCAGUGGAGAUGCAGACGCGUCCUUCUCAAAGCCGGGGUACAUUGUGCUGACUUUCUUCCUGUUAGUGCUAAGCCUUGGGACUGCCGUCUGGUGUUGGCGGAUGAACAAUGAGAAGUCGGCUGACCCGGCUGCCACCCCCACGGGCCCCGUGGAAGAAAGUCCGUCCGACCCGCAGUACGCUGAGAUCAUGAGGAGUCCCCCCGAAGGAAAUGACCAGGCCCUACGUCACCUGGAAAAUAACACGGAGCGGAGCCCACAGAAAGAGCCUCUAAUCACCACCAUCUACGACAAGGUCCACAGGACUCCCGAGAAUACAUCCGAGGAGGUCACAUAGGCCCCCAGGAACCAGAUGUGGUGGCGUAUCAGCGCUUACCAAGGGCUUUGAAGUGCACUGUGUGCCCCACUCAAACUCUGUAGCCGAACGGUCUCCGUUCCACCCACGAACCCGAAUGGAAGAAGACACCUUCUCCAGCUCUGGAGCCUGCCUCGUGACGCUUCCCCACCCCACCCUGUUGUUUCGGAACCUCGUGUGUGAAGCCCUCAGCAACUGUUUUGGGAAGGAGGAACCCGAGUGAAGGCGGAGGAGCGGACUCUGGGAGGGAACAGGACAUGCAGCUUCAGCGCUGGCGCCUGCGAAAGCAAAGGGCCGUGCGGGCUAAGGCGGGCCGGGGGAGAACACAGCACGGCUCUCCCCCCCUGCGAGAGGACGUUAGCCAACCAGAUGGAGCUCGUCUUUCCAUGGUUGGUGCACUGUCCUCCAGCAGGAGCAGCGUCCCGUCACCAACCGCGGAGCAGGAUGGUGGCGAGAGGCAACGCGCCCCGGUGCAGAAUGACCCGCGCCGAGAAGGAAACACUCACGUCUGAGCCUGGCCCGCUAGCUGCAUGACUGAAGAAGCAACGUUGGAAAAUGGGCUCCCCGGGGAUGGAGGCACCGUUCUGGCUGCGUGAUGCGGCAGGGCCGUGGGCUGGGAGGGACUUGGAUGCACCAUGUAUUUAUUUAUCUAUUAUUCCGUUUGAUAAUGCUAGCCCUGCAGGGUCGAUGCACACGUGACUGAGACAUCGGAUCCGGGGGCCUGUUCUCUUUGUGAUCGUUGGAGGAAGGGAAGUUUUCUGAAGUAGGAAUAGGAGCAGAUGGUGCUGUGGCUUGGGGGGAGGGGAACUAUAGGCGGAGGAGAGGAAGAUAGGAGUGUGUCUGAUUUACAGUUGACUGACUGAGGGUACUGGGGAUUCACUGAUCGGUAGAAAUUGGCUGAGUAAACGGCAGUCAGAUUGCAGUUUGCCGCAGAACAGUCUGGAUCCCGUUGGAGAAAUAAAAGUAAAAUCUCCCCGCGUGCCAAAUACCGCACGGCGGAAAGGCGCAGGGGCAAAGCUACACGUGAAGCAGCACAAAAUAUCGCACUCGCAGCAGGCUCUUCCCAGGGCUCAUCUGGUUGAGACCUGGGGGAGGUGUUGAGGAAGAUCCAGGGAGCUGAGGGUGACUUGGCAGAAGUGAGAUUAAAGAGGGACAAACUGACCAGGUUAAGGAGUCAGGGCUAGAUUCUGCCGCUGGGAUCACUAGGAUUGCUCGGAGCAAAGUGCCACUGAGAGCCAGGGUGGCAGAACCUGGCCGUGGGGAAGGCCCUGAAGCUCGGCCUGACUGGCACGUGCUGCAGGGCGGAGCUAAGCCCCGUCAGGUGCAACCUCAAGAAGGAAUCGGAGUCGGGAGUCUGGUUCCAGCCUUACGUGCCCCCCAGAGCAGUAAGUUACUGCAGUCCCUGAAAGGGAGCAUGUCCCCUCUUGCUUAUAGGGGUAACGUCUAGGGAGGGGCGACCCGAGAUCUGGAAGGUCUUACCCUCUUCCCCCUUAUGCCCCUGCUUGGCCAAGGAAGAGAAGGACACAGUCCAGCAGCAGGGAAUUACCGGGAAGGACAAUGAGUGUGUCUCAGUUUGGCCCGAAGAUGCUCACACGGUGGUGGUUCCCUGUAGAGGUGAAUGGCAGAGGAGUGGGUGUUCAUGAGGGUAGCUAGCCCCAAGGUGUUCUGUUCCUGGGAGCCUGGUCUUGCUGUUACUACAUCAAAGGGCUAAUUGCAAUUAGACAUCUGUGCCGAGUUCCACCCCCCUGCUGUUUAUAGCACUCACACCAUGGAAACCGUCUCCCAGAGCUGCUAAGCAACCCUCAGACAUGAAAGGACCCGGCAGACCAGCCCAAAAGGGUCCUGUAUUCUGGGAAAGUUCCCCUUUAAGUUCAGAGAAGCUCUUCAGAGGGGAAAUCAUCAAAAACCCCCAAAAAUCAAAAAUGUCAGGGGCCAGGGGGAGGAAAAGAGAAUUCGCUGCCGGAUUUGGUUGGGCAGCUGUGACCAGGAUUGUUCUGCUCUCUAGCGACACAUGCAAGAGGGGGAGAGGCGCUGGGCGGCACGCGCUGAUCCCGGACCCACCUCCCACGCAGUAACUGGGAAAAGCUCUGGCGGGGGAAGGCAGCAGGGGUCUAGUGCUUGGAGGAUCUCCACGCUUCCUUCCUCCUGUCUCUCCUGUCUAUUGACACUGGGGGGUUCGCAGGGGAUUGACUGUCUCUGUGUCUAGCAGAGCCUAGGCCCUCAUCUCAGUGGGCGACUCCAGGCCUUCUUGUAAUAUCACAGAACGGAGCAGGGGCCUCUCCUGUGAAACCCAACGGUGGUGUGUGUGUGUGGAGAAGUAGCCCCCUCCGCUGAAGUGUUUCCAAGCCUGCUUUUGUCCUGGCUUCAGUCCCCGGUUAGCUUAGCCUGUCCAGUAAAGCAUCGGAUGAUUUGUGCUCUAUUCAUGCAAAUAUAAGGAAAUGUAUGCAACUUUA